AUGAUUGGGGACAUUUUGGGGCAGAAGAGGAGCAUUCAAAGACCAUUGAGUCAAAGGGAUGAGUCAUUGGAAUGGGGCAUGCCCCCUUUCAAAGAUCUUUCUCCCAUGGAUCUGUGCACUCGUCUAUCCUUUCCUGUUUCGCCCUGGCUACCCACCCAGCAACUGACAGCGGAUCUUCGAUUUUUGCCACAGAGCACACUUCACCCUGAUGAUAACAUCCUGAAUCCUGGCGACCCAUUCAGAGGCCUUAUUAGUCCUGAUGAUCUCGCCUUGCGGCAGAGAGGUGGAAUGACUCGACAUGAUUUCGGCAAGGCGGUCUCCGCACCAACGACGGUGACGAGCGUUGGCAGUGGCACUUGUCAAGAGGAGAGUGGUGUGGGGAAGAGCAAGAAAGUACGCAAGGCGAGGACUGCGUUCUCCGAUCACCAACUCAAUGAGCUUGAACGCACUUUUGAAAGGCAGAAGUACCUUUCUGUGCAGGAUCGAAUGCAACUAGCAGAAAAGCUACAUCUCUCUGACAUGCAAGUGAAAACGUGGUACCAAAAUAGACGAACCAAAUGGAAACGACAGGCUAGCGUCGGCAUAGAACUGCUAACGGAGGCCACAAACAAUGUAAACCGAUUUUUUCAACAACAACAGCAACGAACAACAGAUGACCGUGGAAACUGUCAGCGUCAUGGAUUGUUGGAGCCCCUGUCAGCGCUCAUGUUGCGGUCCACACCGGAGGGAGUGAAACAUCCUCCUCUGCCACCCUCUGAUCUCCUCGAACUCUUCUCCACCACCUCCACCACCACCACCACCACUCCAGUCCCCUCAACCACUUCUAACCGCGCUCUCGACCUCGAUCUUCUCAAAUGCCUACCCCUUCCUCCGCCCCCGCCCCAACCACCACAAAUUCUCCCCUCCAGUCUGCCCAAGCCUUUUGACCAUUGUACCGGUCGGUAG